AUCAUUCAAACAAAGCCAUUAGAAAUCUAAUGGCACUUGCUUAAAACAUCAUCUUCUUUGUUAGCCUCACUUUCCGUUUUCAUUCACCGGCAACACCGCCGUCCACCGCCGUGUUUCAUCCUUCCUCACUUUCCAUUUUAAACAUCCUUCAGGGUUCAGCUCACUAAAAGCUCAUUUUUUUUGCUAUAAUUUUCACAUCUGAAUUCUGUUUCAACCGAUUAUCAUCUGUUUGAGCAAAGUUAGCUUUUCCUUGAAAAGACUGAGAUAUAUGGCUACUGUUAACGAAAUUGCAUCUCUUACCUAUCUGGGAUUAAGUAAAGUUGUUUUUCCUAAACGGUGUGGUUUGGGUAACCCUCAAACUUGGCUGAAAUGGAGGAGUAGCUGGGUUUUGGGUGGGGUGGGUUGUAGUAGUCGAAGCCCUAGUUUUGUUAAUCCAAGGAGGAAUGGGUUUAAGUUGUUUAAUUCGGUUGAAUUGGGUAGUUUUGUGACGAGUGAUGAUGAGGAGAAGAAUGAGAUGAGUGAUUGUUUUUUCGAGGCGAUUGAGGAACUAGAAAGAAUGACGAGAGAGCCAUCAGAUGUACUUGAGGAAAUGAAUGAGAGGUUAUCUGAUAGAGAAUUGCAGUUGGUGUUAGUGUAUUUUGCGCAGGAAGGGAGGGAUUCGUGGUGUGCGUUGGAGGUGUUUGAGUGGUUAAGGAAAGAGAAUAGAGUCGAUAAGGAGACGAUGGAGCUUAUGGUUUCGAUAAUGUGUGGAUGGGUGCAGAAGUUGAUUGGGUCUAAGAGUGAAGCAGGAGAUGUAGUGGACUUGUUGGUUGAUAUGGACUGUGUAGGAUUGAACCCGAGUUUUAGUAUGGUUGAAAAGGUUAUAUCUUUGUAUUGGGACGCGGGUGAGAGGGAGGGAGCUGUGUCGUUCGUGAAGGAGGUGUUGAGGAGGCAGAUUGCUUACUCAGAUGGUAAUGUAGAUGGGCAUAAGGCUGGUCCUGCUGGUUAUCUUGCUUGGAAGAUGAUGGAGGUGGGUAAUUACAAGGAUGCGGUCAAACUAGUUAUUGACAUUCGAGAUUCUGGGUUAAAGCCAGAGUUAUACAGCUAUUUAAUUGCAAUGACAGCUGUGGUAAAAGAGCUGAAUGAAUUUGGGAAAGCUCUACGCAAAUUAAAAGGUUUUGCCAGAACUGGUCUUGUUGCUGAGCUUGAUUUAGAAAAUCUUAGGCUCAUUGAAGAAUAUCAAGCAGAUCUAUUGGCUGAGGGUGUACAAAUGUCUGAUUGGUUGAUUCAAGAGGGUGGCCCUUCUCUUUUUGGGGUGGUUCAUGAGAGGCUUCUUGCAAUGUAUGUCUGUGCUGGCCGCGGAAUAGAAGCUGAGAGACAUUUGUGGCAAAUGAAGUUGUCUGGCAAGGAAGUCACCGGAGAUCUUCAAGACAUUGUCUUAGCAAUAUGUGCUUCCCAAAAGGAGCUAGGCCCCAUCUCAAGGCUGCUUACCGGGAUGGAGGCUUCAAGCUCGUUACAGAAAAAGAAAACAUUGUCAUGGCUGUUAAGAGGUUACAUUAAAGGCGGACACUUAGAGAAUGCUGCAGAAACAGUAAUUAAGAUGCUUGACUUGGGUUUGUAUCCAGAUUUUCUGGACAGAGCAGCUGUGCUGCAGAGACUAAGACGACGAAUUCAACAAUCUGGAAGCUUGGAAACAUACCUUAACCUUUGCAAACACCUUUCAGAUGCGAGUUUGAUUGGUCCAUGUCUUGUAUAUCUGUAUAUAAAGAAAUAUAGACUAUGGAUAAUAAGGACUCUUUGAGCAACUUGGAGAAGCCCCCUCCUGUUCUGAAGCUAUAGAAGACGGUGCUCUCGUCUGUUGCAGGCUUUGAUGUGUAUAAUAUGUAUAGUUUUAGAUGAUUCGAGAAACAUACAGUGAGCGAGAGAGAGAGAGAGGGCAAGAUGUUGGCUGCUGGUCUAAUUUAGAUGUCCAGAAUUGCAACAUUAAGCAUCUUGUUCUCAAGUUCGAGUUCGAGUUUGUAUAUAUUAAUGUAGAUGUAA